GCGAGCCGCCCGCCCGCCAGGCAGCCGCGCCCAGGCGUGAAGGCGAGAGUGGCGGCCGCCGCUCCAGUGGCCAGCCUGGGUCGGCAGCGGCGAUUGGGGCGAUCGGACGCCCUCGGCCCUCCGAGGGCACCGGGGGGCUGGCGAGAGGGGUGGCUGGGGCCCGGCAGGCCGCUGCAGGAGGCGCUCCAGAGCCGCCCUGCAGCCUGGGCCAUGGGCUCGUGGUGACAGAUCUGGCCUCGGCGCCGGUGGGUGGCGCGCCCGGGCCGGAAGCGCGCGUGGGCGACGACUCCUCCGACAGCGGCAUCUUCGGGCCCGCGGCCGAGACCGGCGCCGCGCGGCGGCGCAGGCUGGCGCAGUCACAGAAGCGACGGGCGCGCCACUGCCGCGGCUGGGGCGACUCGAAGGGCUUCUCGCUUCUGGAGCAGGAGGCCGUGCGGGGCGCCGCGCGGCGGGGGCGCCGGCGCGCCUGGGGCGGGUGGCGGGAGUUUGCUCGCAAGAGCAGCCCGUCAUUCGACGUGGGGGCCCUCGUCCAGCAGAAGAGCGAUGUCGAGGUGGACGAGGCCCUGGUGAGCAGCUGCCUGAACUCGCUCUACCAGCGUGGCGCGCGCCUCUCCUGGGCCGAGAAGCUGAUGGCUGGGGUGCUGCACUUCAACCCUGGCUUCGCGCGCCAUGCCUUGGGCGCUGGCCCUCUGGCUCUGGCGUGCCAUGGCCUGGCGUAUGCGGGGCGCGGCGGCCUCCGGAUGGCGGUAUUCACGCUGAUGGCGGUGAGUGUCUACCCGCGGCCGAGCAGCCUCCCGACGCUCCGCCCAUCGUGCCUUGUUCCGCCGGCGGCGGGGGCGCGUCAGUGCUGGACCUUGCGGCCGUUCCCAGAGGAGGAGGACCUACGUGACGAGACGGGCCUGGGGGGUGCGUCGCUGGAGCUGGACUCGCCCUGGAUCCGCUGGCUGGGCCUG